CUGGCUUCGCUCGGCUUAAAAAUAAUAGUCUUUGUUUGUUAAUAAGACGUUUUUAAGCUUAUUGUGAGUCAAGCGGAAGGCUGUCUGGAGAAGCCUCUCGGAUCACGUGCUGUCAACACCUCCGUGGAUUUGCUGACAGCAACCAAUUCCUAUUUCCUCUUCUUGACUGGACAGACUCGUGUCAUCUCCGGGUACUCACGAGACGGACUUUGUUGUCAUGAUUAGAAAAUAAAAUAACGCUCUGCACUUUAUUUGACAGACGGUAGUAGCAAUGAGGACCGGGAGAUUUGGGCAUUUGAAUGGGAUUGUGAUUACCUGCAUCUUGACGCUCUGUCUAGGAUCUCUACACGCGAUCGCGCUCAAAUCAAAACUUUUUACAAGGUUUGGAGGGAAGACAAACGCCAAAGAAAGCCCAAUAAGCUAUAAAACACUGUACAUUGACCAAAACAUUGAUCAUUUUGGAUUCCUCGAAGAUGGCACUUUUAAACAGCGCUACCUUCUUUCUGACAAGUACUGGCACCAACCUGGAGGUCCUAUUCUGUUCUACACUGGGAACGAAGGCGACAUCACCUGGUUCUGCAACAACACUGGAUUCAUGUGGGAGGUUGCAAAGGAGUUGGGCGCCAUGCUGAUUUUUGCGGAACAUCGUUACUAUGGAGAAUCUAUGCCGUUUGGAGAGGCUUCAUACAGUGACAGCAAACACCUGAACUUCUUGACUUCAGAGCAGGCACUGGCAGAUUUUGCAGUUCUGAUCAAAAUGAUAAAAAGCACUAUACCAGGAGCCCAACGUAGUCCUGUUAUUGCAAUUGGAGGUUCCUAUGGAGGGAUGCUCUCAGCCUGGUUUAGAAUGAAGUACCCAAAUAUAGUUGUCGGAGCUCUGGCAGCCUCAGCUCCAAUAUGGCAGUUCCCUGGUAUGGUGCCAUGUGGAGCCUUCCUCAAAACAGUAACUCAGGACUUUGCCAAAAGUGGCUAUAACUGUGAAGUGAACAUCAGAAAAUCGUGGUCGGCCAUAAAUAAUAUUUCCUCUACUGCAUCUGGUCUUGAGUGGCUGUCAGCAGAGUUUAGUCUCUGUGAUUCUCUCAAAAACAAGAAUGAUGUGAUGAAUUUCAAAAACUGGCUCCAGGAAACAUGGGUGAACCUGGCCAUGGUGGACUAUCCGUAUGAAGCCAACUUCCUCCAGCCACUCCCACGGUGGCCAAUCCAGGUUGUGUGCAAGUACCUCACUAUGGACUCCACAGCUUCAGACAAACUUCUGCUGAGAGGUGUGUCUCAAGCAGCAAAGGUUUACUAUAACUACACUGGGAGUUCCUCCUGUCUCAACAUCUCCCAGACAGCAACAGGCAACCUCGGUAUUUUGGGCUGGUUCUAUCAGGCCUGUACGGAGAUGGUAAUGCCCAUGUGCACUGAUGGAGUGAAUGACAUGUUUGAACCAGAAGAAUGGAACUUCCAGGCCUUUUCGGAUGAAUGUAAAUCAAUGUUUGGUGUGAGGCCUCGAGCAGAUUGGGCAGAAGUAGUCUAUGGAGGCAAAGACAUCGGCGCCCAUAGCAACAUCAUUUUCAGUAAUGGAGUUCUGGAUCCGUGGUCAGCUGGAGGAGUGACCCACAACAUCUCAGAGUCUCUGGUGUCCAUUUUGAUUCCUGAUGGAGCGCACCACUUGGACCUGCGCUAUAGCAAUGAUCUCGACCCCCCCACAGUGAGAGCGGCACGGGCUUUAGAGAUCAAGUACUUUAAAGAGUGGAUCAGGCAGGCGAAAAAGGUUCACCGAUCCUACUUAAACUCUAGACUCAAACAAUACAAAGCAUCAUGGGAAAUAACUGAUGAUGCCAAUUAAGUUUUUAUACUUUUGACAAUGACACUGUGCACUGUGUUCUGCUUUAGCCAAAGAUGUAUUUCUUUUUUAAAAUUCUAGAAAUUUUUAUACCUUGCUUAGAAAUAUAUUCUCUCAUUGCCAUUAUUCAAAUACUUCAGAAUCAGGUAUUACUUUGCCAUUCAAUCUGCCUUGGUUUUAUAUUGGAUGUUUACAACUUAUUAUUAAUGCUUAAAAUCAGCAAGACUACAUUGGCAACUGCAACUCUAGCUUUUUAUGUUAUCUAAAACCAUCUAAAUCCACCAAACCAAAUCAUUUUUUGUGAACCAAAGAGGAAGUAGUUAGAAAAUAGAGGAGUGUAAAAUAUUGUUCCUAUGUGUUUGAAAUAUAGAUUAGUUCAGACAAAAUUAUGCAAAAUGCAUCUCUACCUCAAAUUACUGCUCUCAACUCAUACUUGUUUUUGCUACUACAGAGGAAAAUUGGUCUUUCUCACAAUGUGACGUCAUUUGUUACCUUUUCCAAUAAAGUUUAUUAAAUUAUCCA